GGCAGCGCGCAGGGUUGUUAGUGUGGAUUGUGGACCUACAGAGAAAAAGUUUGCACGGGAUAUUCUAGCGCACAGGAGGAAAAGUUGUUGAGAAGAUGGCAAACAAACUACAGCAGCCUCCACACCUUCAUCUGGCGGAAUUGAGCGCCACCCAGUUCAUCGACAUCUGGAACCAUUUCGAUACCGACGGCAAUGGCUAUAUCGAGGGCAAGGAACUCGAGAACUUCUUCAGGGAGUUGGAGAUUUCACGGAAAGGGGCCGGAGUGGACCCAUCAAACUCCACUUUCAAAGAGAAAAUGAAGGAGUUCAUGCAAAAGUUUGACAAGAAUGCAGAUGGGAGAAUUGAGAUGUCUGAGCUAGCUCAGAUUUUGCCCACAGAGGAAAACUUCCUGCUUUGCUUCAGAGAGUUUGUGGGAUCCAGUUCUGAAUUCAUGGCGGCAUGGKGACGAUACGAUACAGAUCGCAGUGGGUACAUUGAAGCUAAUGAACUGAAGGGAUUCCUCUCAGACCUGCUGAAGAAAGCCAACAGACACUACGAUGACCAGAAGCUUCACGAGUACACACAGACAAUACUCAAGAUGUUUGAUCUAAACGGAGAUGGGAAGCUGGGCCUGUCUGAAAUGGCGAGGCUUCUCCCAGUUCAGGAAAAUUUCUUACUGAAAUUCCAGGAUAUCAAGCUGACCUCUGAGCAGUUCAAUGCUAUCUUCACAUUCUACGACAAGGAUGGAAACGGCUACAUUGAUGAGCAGGAGCUCGAUGCUCUGUUGCGUGACCUCUAUGAAAAGAACAAAAAGGAGGUGGACACCAAAAACCUGACUGGCUACAAGAAGAGCAUCAUGGCCCUGUCGGACGGGGGCAAGUUGUACCGCUCCGAGCUGGAGAUUGUGCUCUGCAGGGAGCCCAUGCUGUGAACCCUGACAACCAUCGCCGUCUGUUUUUUGACCUUCAUGACCCUAUCUGCCCAUCCCCAGAUCACACCCACCUCCAGCUGCCUGACGACUGUAACCAGGUGCAUGUGCCGGGCAUUCCCUUUAUGAGUUUUGAAUGAAUGUGCACUGAGAAGCACCAACCAGCUCUCCCUCAUGACCCCUGUCCCCACUCGUCCCUACAGACUGACCCAGCUCUGAAGUUGCCUUCGGCUCAAUCCCUAAACUCUACAUUUAACUAAACGAAUAAAGAUAAUAAAAGGUACUUCUGCUAAUUAUGAUUGCAAUGUGAA